GAAGGUGUUAGCGGAGGAUCGUGCUGACGUCACGUUUCUACUUCGGAGCUGGAGCGGAGUAGUAAGCGUGGAGCCGCGCUUUGGAGGCGCAGCAGACACCUUAACAAUGGCCCCGAAGAGAGUAUUUCACUGCUGCUCGUUAAUGUCUCGGAAUCUCACAGCUGCUUAGUUGUGUCUCUCAGCGGCGAGAAGCAAACAGACGGACAUUUUGGAUAGUUCUGCGUUGCCUCCGGGGCUUUUACAACAUGUCUUCCGCGGCGGUUGCUGCCUCCAGAAGACAGUCCUGCUAUUUGUGCGAUUUACCCCGCAUGCCUUGGGCAAUCAUCUGGGAUUUUACCGAGGCCGUUUGCCGGGGAUGUGUCAAUUAUGAGGGCGCCGACCGAAUCGAGUUUGUAAUAGAGGCUACAAGACAACUGAAACGGGUGCAUGGCUUCCCGGAGGGCCGCUCUACCGGCCCGGGGAAGUCCCACCACGCCUCGGACCCGGGCUCCCGUCCGCCGCAAACUCUAGACCGAUACCCGCUGUCUGAGAGGCCACCCCGUUUAGGUGUGGAGUACCCGGCGGGCAGGCAGACGAACGGCUUCCCCAUCCCGAACGGAUACCCAAAGUCCGACGAUCCACCUGAGCUCUCCAACUCCCGCAGGACUAGCUCAGUUCCUCCUAGUCUGGUGCCUUUGGUUAACGGCGGCAUUUCCGCUGUUCACCCGCUUAACGGCCGCCCAGGUCAGAUGAGUCUGGUCGUUUCGGGUCCCGUGGAUCACGGGAAGCGCCACGAGGAGCUGAAGGACAAACAGAGGCCGGACAGCAUGUCGGACAUGUCAGAAAGCCACAAGGAGUGGGGAGGCAAAGGCAAAACGGUGAGGGACCUGAUGGCGCUGCAGGACGGACGGUUUACCAAGGACCACGCCGCCAUGCAGCGGAUCAUGGCGUACGAGGCUGGCGCCACUUCUUCAAAAACAGACCGAGGGAAGCAAAGUCGGCCUGCAAAGAGAAAAGCCUCCCCGGAGCCAGAGGGUGAGGGCAGCGGCACCAAGAUGAACAACAGCGAGGGCCAGCCAUGGCUGUCAUCUUCUCUGCCAAGCUUUUCAGCUGCUGCAUCACCCCACCCUACUGAAGCUGCCACCUCACAGAGUGUCCGGUCACCGAUGGCGGCGCUCAUCCAUGCCACCGACAACGCAGGAAGCGCCGGCUCGCUCAAAGACGCCGCGGCGGCUGCCAGGCUGAAUAGCAGCAGCCCCGCGUCGCCUUCCUCCUCUUCCCAGAGGAGACCACCUCAAAGGGAGGGGUCUGCUCCCCCUGGAUCCAGCGGCAUGGAUCCCCCACCGCUACAGAGCCUCUCAGACUCCUCUGCGGCGCCCGGCGGCGCGCCACUGUGCUGCACUCUGUGCCACGAGCGGCUGGAGGACACGCACUUCGUCCAGUGCCCAUCUGUUCCCGCCCAUAAGUUCUGCUUCCCCUGUUCGUGCGACAGCAUCAGGCAGCAGGGUGCCACUGGGGAGGUGUACUGUCCGAGCGGGGAGCGGUGCCCACUGGUUGGCUCCAACGUGCCCUGGGCCUUCAUGCAGGGCGAGAUUACCACCAUCUUGGCUGCAGAUAUAAGGGUGAAAAAAGAGAGAGAUCCUUGAACUUACCCGACGUCCAGCUCAGUCAGUCGACAAGUUGACCCGUUUGUCAACAUCCAGUGCGAGGAACCUGUUUUAGUUUGUUCUAUCCACCUUAUUCCUACGCCCCAUUAUGCUUUGCGUGAAUUAUGGGCGUGACUUCCGCCGCUAACCGGAAACGCCAUUUGUUUACAUGUUAGCAACUCGCUAACCGGCUUUUGUGAGAGCUAUUAGGCUAUAAAAUAUGUGGGAACACCAGCUAUCAAAGCUUAAAUGUGAGAAUAUUGGUUUACUGCAACCUACAUCUACUGCAGGGAGGGAUGACAACUUGAAGAAAUGGUCUAAUUUCUUCAAGUUGCACUAGCAUAUGUAGCUACUUCACUGACUCAGUUGCUUCGGAUGCAGAUGCAGGUUUUCUUCCUUUGGCUUUUUGUCCACACAAUGAAAUGAGCACACAUAAAGCAUUUUGGGUUCUCUCUUCAAGUUUAGCCAAAUUAUUUUUGUUUGCGUAUCUGUCGGUAGGCAAUGAAAACUGCUGCUUUUGUUUUGAGAGCACGUUCAAAACACACCUGCUGCAGCCACAAACUAAACUUUGUCUGAUUAUUAGAGAACAGCCACGAACAGCACAACAGUUUCCCGACUUCCACAAGGGCAUCUUACGACACUUUCCAGUGUCAAGUUGCUUUCUAUAACAAGUUAAUGUGUAAUUCGGUUCGGUUCUAGUCCAGUGGGGAGAUUCUCCGUAUUACGGUCUGGAGAGCAGCAGCUGCAGUCAUUUCUCCACUGAUUUGCAGCGACACUCAGCAAGAGAGAACCUCAAGGUUCUGGUUGUGAUGGACUAAAUAAUCCCAGAUUUUUGAUUUUGUCUUAUAAAUAAAUUUUCCUGGCCCAAUCAUGAUAAAUACUCAGAUCAUGAACUUUAUUAUUGUUUAAAUUCAAACGAAAAAAUUCACAUCACACCAAGCUAAUACUGUGUAGUUCUGGUGUUUUAUACUGUUGGCACAAACCUGCAGCUCAGAUCUCUGACCAGCUUCUCUGAUUUUCUCUUUGUUACUGUCAGUUCUUCAGAGAAACGAACUGCUAGCAGCACUAACUCGCGGUCAUUCCGUUACAAAACGUAACGAUCGUGUUCCUGUCGCUCCCCGUAAUUAAACUCACAAUUACGAUCGUCUGUACUGAGAAGCUCUCUGAUGGCAGACGGUGUGUCCCUAAACAAGUUUUACUAAAUAUUGUAUUAUAACCGAAAAGAGAGCUGUAACUUCUAUCAUGAAUAUAGACUAGCAAAAUAAACUAGAAAUUUCAAUGAAAUACUGCUACUUCCGCUAGCUGCCGGAAGUAACACCCAUAAUCGUUUCCCCGAUAAGCCCCUCAGGAAUAAGGUGGAUAGGGUUGGGUGAUAUAUCGAUUUUAUGCUGUAAUAUGUAACUUUUAUAAAAUAUAUAUUUUUUACAUGUGUAUCAAAACUGUUAACAUGAGGCAGAUAAUCUGUGAAAAGAUCGAUUUACUCCACCUCCUCCUUGAGCUACUACUGCUGUCUGAAGAAAUGCACCAAUAACAGCCAGUCAGAGCCAGGAGCAGGGUCUUAGCGCUGUCAAUCAUUCUCAUGUAUGCCACUCAAUGUGCUAAUAGUGGAGAAACAACUUACCAUUACAGGAAAACCGUUUAUCGUUUGCUAACUAACUUAGUGUUCACAACAGGAUCUGCUAGUUGCUGGCAGAGCAAAGAGCAAUCAUUUAAUUGACCGCACUAAGACACGCCUCCUGGCUCUGAUUGGUUGUUUCGAGCUAGCACUUUUUUUUUUCAUAGGUUAUCUGUCUCAUACUAAACUGUCACCACAUCUUGGCAAUUUUAACAAAUGUUUCAACAGUGUAAAAAGAAACUUUUUAUAAAAGCUACAUACUGCAGCUUUAAUUUUUGUAAAAUCUGGAUUUUUAUUUUUUUUUUAACCAAUCUGCUCCUUGGGUUUCCGUACUUAAGAAUUAUGUCAGCACGCCUGAGGCCGCCGUCUUGUUUGACAAGCAUGUUUUACAACUUCUUUUUAUUUGGUCUUUAAAUUCAGCUUAACUCUACUACAAAAUAUUCGGGCAAGGCUAAAAUUUAUUUUUUUUAAUUACCAGAAUAAAGUUGUAAUAUUACAAGAGUACAGUUGUAGUAAGAGGAGAAUAAAGUCGAAAUAGUACAAGAAAAAAACGCUGUUUCCUGAAUUAAUAUGUAGUAUUAGCAAAACUCUUAGACAAAAACUGAGAGAAAAUUAAAAUGAAGAAAUUUGACCAUCUUAUGAAGUUAUUUGCUACUGGUUUUACAAGUAAGGAAAUACUUAAUUUUUAAACACAUCAGCAUCAAAUUAUGUGUAGAAUAUUUGUAAUUCCUUUUUUUUUAUAAACAAAAGUGAUUAAAAUCGGAUUUUAUUCUCAAGCCAUAUCGCCAAGCCCUAAUUUUUUCAUAGUUUGUGUUUAUGCUUGAAAAUGAAUUGGUAUGUACUUUUCAUUCACUAUCACAUCUGUUUGUGUUUUUAUCAGAGAGCGGCUCUUCGUACUCGAAAAUUACUAAUUUGAGCACUUGACUAAAAAACUAAAUAAAAAGUCAAUAAAAUAUGCUCCAAGCUGUAAAUGUAUGCACUUGUUUAAUGGGGAAUAAAAGCCAAAUACAAUUUCAGAUCUUUAAUACCA